GUAGUCGGCGUCCGCGGCGGCUGUCUAAAACUCUAAACUCGCGGUAAAUGGCAAUGCAUUUGUGAAGAUUUUUAUGAAUAUUAUUGUUCAAUACGAUAAUUAUUAUUCGUUGAAAACCGUCUUACGCGAUGAUCACCGAAGCUGAAACGCCAGACGAUGCCCCGAAAAAAGCGCUCAUUUACAUAUUUUGUGGUGCGUGCCAAGCUGAAAACGAAAUGAAACCCAAAGACCCGAUCCGAUGCAGGGAGUGUGGUUACCGAAUCAUGUACAAGAAACGAACAAAAAGAUUGGUUGUUUUCAACGCUCGAUGAACAUUUUUCAACAAUAUGAAGUGUACAGAAACAACAGUGACAAGAUACAACAAACAAUUUUAUUUAUUAAAUUGUGUUUUAAUUUUGUUGUAUGAAAAUUAUAAGUGUUAAGUUCCAUAAUAUAAUAUCAUGUAUUGAUUUUCUUAAAUAGUCUCAUUUUUAAAUUAAAUGUACUUUAAGUAAUCAGUAAGUCUUGAAUAAAGGAGAACCUUAUCAGAAUAAAUAUGUUUUGUAAAUAAACUACUUUAAAUUAUUUACACAGGGAUAACAAUAAUGAAACAUUUUUUUCCAGCUAUGGUAGCACUUUUUUUUGAAUGUAUAGACCUUUUUUAUUUAUUGUAUUAAAAAUAAAAUACUUAUAUAUUUCUAUGUUCUUUUGUGUCAGUCAAUAUUAGAGAUUCUAGAUAAUAAGGUUCUCUAGUCCAUACUAUUAGUAUAAACAUUUCUUUAUGACAACAUCUGUAAAUGAUACUAUAAUUAAUUACUGCUUGGAUUAUUUUCUUACGAAAAAGAAAAUUGUAUCAAAUAAACUAAGCAGGCCAGACUUGUAUGUAUUUUAA